AUGGUCCGCUUCAUCGCCGUCGCUGUUGCGGCGCUGGCCCCAAUGGUCGCUGCUGGCAGCACUACUGCCGUGACCAAGAUGGUCCAGUAUCUUAUCCCGGCCGAUAGACAAGACUAUGUCGGCUCCGUUGUCGCUAUCAAAGAAAACAUCACCACAAUGGCUGUUCAGUGCAACCCUGCUGCCAGCUUGGACUUUUGCAGCCUCGGAGGUGGUAACGGCGAACCAGCAACCAUUAUCCAGGGUCCAUCCACCUGGGCUUUCUCCUACAGCCACUCCAAUGCCGAAGAUGGCCUCCUCUCGCAAGACUUUCACUGCUCUCUGCAGCCAGCUAGCAACAGGCUGACUUGCACGGCGACCAUUACAAAAGUACCAGUAAACGCACAGGCAACAACUUCGACCACCACAACUACAAACACAAACUACAAGGAAUCAUACUUGCCCGUCAAAGUGACUGGAGGCGCUGAUCUCAUUAGCGCUACAGGCUCACCAAGCGCUGCCAGCAUUCCCAAGGCCAACGUUGCUCUGUUGAUUGGUGCUCUCUCUGUUGGAGUCGCUGCCUUUGUAUGA